AUGGCUAGAUGGGAUCAUAUAUUCUCUCUUCCUGUUCAAAAUCCCACUUUGCUAGAAUUUUCUUCUGCGGAUCUUGUUUGGUCCAAGAUUGAAGGUUACCAAAACAACAUAGAUAGAUUAGCCCUAAUCCCUUUUUCUAGGAUCGAUGAUUUUGUAAGCGGUAAAUCCUCCAAUCAAGAUUGUCCUACCAAUUUCCAUGCCAAAGUUCGACGCCGAAAACCUAAGGAACUAAAAUAUAAGCCAAAGGUUGAUGGCAUCUUAGAGUAUUGGUGUUCAUUUGGACUAGAUGAUAAUAGGAAAGGAUCAUUACGGCCGAGUAGGAGUACAUAUGUUUUAAAAAAGAAUAACGCAGGGCGACCCAAUUCAAAGAGAGGGUGCAGGUGUCAUUUCAUUGUGAAUCUUUUAAUCGUAGAACCAACGGUGGCUUUGAUCAUUUACAACAAUGACAAACAUGUUGAUGAGAAAGGAUUGCCUUGCCACGGUCCUCAAGACAAGAAAGCGGCUGGAACUAGAGCCAUGUGUAACACCCGCAUUAGGGACUAUGAAUCCCACCGUAAAAUGUUAGUCAAAUCGAACUCUAAACAACCAUGUCUUGGGAAAGUAUCUACUGCGUCCUGCCGCAUCCUCCUGCCUUGUCCUCCUAUGAGCUAUCUGACCACCGAAUUUCCUAUCCUGCAAGCCUGGUAA